GUUUUUCCAGAGGCAUUUAGACAGGCAACUGCAGUGGGAAAGCUUCAGAACGCACAGCCCCACUCAUCUCUUAAAGAAAAAUAAAAAACAGAGAACCUCCUUUUUGAACUAAGCAAGACAAUGGCAAACCAAGGAAAGAGCGUUACCCAUCUGAGAAGCUUCAAGGGUGAAAAGAGGUACAGCAAUGGAGAUCCUGGUUUUAAUCCAAAAUUCAAAGGUCUCAGAAGACAGGUCACAGCCAGUCAGCUACUAGAAGCUGAAAUCAUUGAGAAGGAGCUGUUUGAUCAACUUAAUGAAGGAACAGUGACCGUUCAAGAAGUCAACAAAAUGGAUUCAGUGCAGAAGUAUCUGCAAGGAACCAACAGCAUUGCAGGAGUGCUGGUGCAGUCCACCACAGAGAAGAUGAGUAUCUACCAGGCCAUGAGGAAAGGGAUUCUGAGACCCGGCACUGCAUUAGUUCUCCUGGAAGCCCAGGCCGCUACUGGAUUUCUCAUUGACCCAGUGAAGAAUAAGAAGAUGUCUGUAGAACAAGCAGUGGCUGAAGGACUGGUGGGCACGGAACUGAAAGAUAAACUCUUGUCAGCAGAGAGGGCUGUCACUGGGUACACUGAUCCUUACACUAAGAAAACAAUCUCCUUGUUCCAAGCCUUGAAAAAAGACCUGAUAGUAAAGGAUCACGGGAUACGCCUGCUGGAAGCUCAGAUCGCCACUGGGGGCAUCAUUGACCCGAUCAACAGCCACCGUGUGCCUGUGGAGGUGGCCUAUAAGCGAGGAUACUUUGAUAAAGAAAUGAGUGUGAUUCUCUCUGACCCAAGCGAUGACACCAAAGGGUUUUUCGACCCCAACACUCACGAGAAUCUCACCUACUUGCAGCUGCUGGAGAGAGGUGUAAAAGAUCCACAAACCGGACUCUGCUUACUUACCCUGGUUAAGAAAGGAGAACAGUAUGUUUACAAUGAUGAGCAAAUGCAGACUGCCCUCAAGUCAGCUACAACCAGCAAGGUAGCAGGGAAGUACAAGGGCCAGACAGUUUCCAUCUGGGAACUGCUGUAUUCUGAAUACAUCACCGAGGAGAAACGGAGAGAGCUUCUGCAACAGCACAAGUCGGGAAGUUUGACAAUUCAGCAAUUCACAGAGACCAUCAUUACCACGGUUGAGCAGAGCAUUAAAACAACAACCACAAAAACGGUAACCGACUCACAAUUCAAAGGUCUCAGAAGACAGGUCACGGCCAGUCAGCUACUAGAGGCUGAAAUCAUUGAGAAGGAGCUGUUUGAUCAACUUAAUGAAGGAACAGUGACCGUUCAAGAAGUCAGCAAAAUGGAUUCAGUGCAGAAGUAUCUGCAAGGAACCAACAGCAUUGCAGGAGUGCUGGUGCAGUCCACCACAGAGAAGAUGAGUAUCUACCAGGCCAUGAGGAAAGGGAUUCUGAGACCCGGCACUGCAUUAGUUCUCCUGGAAGCCCAGGCCGCUACUGGAUUUCUCAUUGACCCAGUGAAGAAUAAGAAGAUGUCUGUAGAACAAGCAGUGGCUGAAGGACUGGUGGGCACGGAACUGAAAGAUAAACUCUUGUCAGCAGAGAGGGCUGUCACUGGGUACACUGAUCCUUACACUAAGAAAACAAUCUCCUUGUUCCAAGCCUUGAAAAAAGACCUGAUAGUAAAGGAUCACGGGAUACGCCUGCUGGAAGCUCAGAUCGCCACUGGGGGCAUCAUUGACCCGAUCAACAGCCACCGUGUGCCUGUGGAGGUGGCCUAUAAGCGAGGAUACUUUGAUAAAGAAAUGAGUGUGAUUCUCUCUGACCCAAGCGAUGACACCAAAGGGUUUUUCGACCCCAACACUCACGAGAAUCUCACCUACUUGCAGCUGCUGGAGAGAGGUGUAAAAGAUCCACAAACCGGACUCUGCUUACUUACCCUGGUUAAGAAAGGAGAACAGUAUGUUUACAAUGAUGAGCAAAUGCAGACUGCCCUCAAGUCAGCUACAACCAGCAAGGUAGCAGGGAAGUACAAGGGCCAGACAGUUUCCAUCUGGGAACUGCUGUAUUCUGAAUACAUCACCGAGGAGAAACGGAGAGAGCUUCUGCAACAGCACAAGUCGGGAAGUUUGACAAUUCAACAAUUCACAGAGACCAUCAUUACCACGGUUGAGCAGAGCAUUAAAACAACAACCACAAAAACGGUAACCGACUCACAAUUCAAAGGUCUCAGAAGACAGGUCACGGCCAGUCAGCUACUAGAGGCUGAAAUCAUUGAGAAGGAGCUGUUUGAUCAACUUAAUGAAGGAACAGUGACCGUUCAAGAAGUCAGCAAAAUGGAUUCAGUGCAGAAGUAUCUGCAAGGAACCAACAGCAUUGCAGGAGUGCUGGUGCAGUCCACCACAGAGAAGAUGAGUAUCUACCAGGCCAUGAGGAAAGGGAUUCUGAGACCCGGCACUGCAUUAGUUCUCCUGGAAGCCCAGGCCGCUACUGGAUUUCUCAUUGACCCAGUGAAGAAUAAGAAGAUGUCUGUAGAACAAGCAGUGGCUGAAGGACUGGUGGGCACGGAACUGAAAGAUAAACUCUUGUCAGCAGAGAGGGCUGUCACUGGGUACACUGAUCCUUACACUAAGAAAACAAUCUCCUUGUUCCAAGCCUUGAAAAAAGACCUGAUAGUAAAGGAUCACGGGAUACGCCUGCUGGAAGCUCAGAUCGCCACUGGGGGCAUCAUUGACCCGAUCAACAGCCACCGUGUGCCUGUGGAGGUGGCCUAUAAGCGAGGAUACUUUGAUAAAGAAAUGAGUGUGAUUCUCUCUGACCCAAGCGAUGACACCAAAGGGUUUUUCGACCCCAACACUCACGAGAAUCUCACCUACUUGCAGCUGCUGGAGAGAGGUGUAAAAGAUCCACAAACCGGACUCUGCUUACUUACCCUGGUUAAGAAAGGAGAACAGUAUGUUUACAAUGAUGAGCAAAUGCAGACUGCCCUCAAGUCAGCUACAACCAGCAAGGUAGCAGGGAAGUACAAGGGCCAGACAGUUUCCAUCUGGGAACUGCUGUAUUCUGAAUACAUCACCGAGGAGAAACGGAGAGAGCUUCUGCAACAGCACAAGUCGGGAAGUUUGACAAUUCAACAAUUCACAGAGACCAUCAUUACCACGGUUGAGCAGAGCAUUAAAACAACAACCACAAAAACGGUAACCGACUCACAAUUCAAAGGUCUCAGAAGACAGGUCACGGCCAGUCAGCUACUAGAGGCUGAAAUCAUUGAGAAGGAGCUGUUUGAUCAACUUAAUGAAGGAACAGUGACCGUUCAAGAAGUCAGCAAAAUGGAUUCAGUGCAGAAGUAUCUGCAAGGAACCAACAGCAUUGCAGGAGUGCUGGUGCAGUCCACCACAGAGAAGAUGAGUAUCUACCAGGCCAUGAGGAAAGGGAUUCUGAGACCCGGCACUGCAUUAGUUCUCCUGGAAGCCCAGGCCGCUACUGGAUUUCUCAUUGACCCAGUGAAGAAUAAGAAGAUGUCUGUAGAACAAGCAGUGGCUGAAGGACUGGUGGGCACGGAACUGAAAGAUAAACUCUUGUCAGCAGAGAGGGCUGUCACUGGGUACACUGAUCCUUACACUAAGAAAACAAUCUCCUUGUUCCAAGCCUUGAAAAAAGACCUGAUAGUAAAGGAUCACGGGAUACGCCUGCUGGAAGCUCAGAUCGCCACUGGGGGCAUCAUUGACCCGAUCAACAGCCACCGUGUGCCUGUGGAGGUGGCCUAUAAGCGAGGAUACUUUGAUAAAGAAAUGAGUGUGAUUCUCUCUGACCCAAGCGAUGACACCAAAGGGUUUUUCGACCCCAACACUCACGAGAAUCUCACCUACUUGCAGCUGCUGGAGAGAGGUGUAAAAGAUCCACAAACCGGACUCUGCUUACUUACCCUGGUUAAGAAAGGAGAACAGUAUGUUUACAAUGAUGAGCAAAUGCAGACUGCCCUCAAGUCAGCUACAACCAGCAAGGUAGCAGGGAAGUACAAGGGCCAGACAGUUUCCAUCUGGGAACUGCUGUAUUCUGAAUACAUCACCGAGGAGAAACGGAGAGAGCUUCUGCAACAGCACAAGUCGGGAAGUUUGACAAUUCAACAAUUCACAGAGACCAUCAUUACCACGGUUGAGCAGAGCAUUAAAACAACAACCACAAAAACGGUAACCGACUCACAAUUCAAAGGUCUCAGAAGACAGGUCACGGCCAGUCAGCUACUAGAGGCUGAAAUCAUUGAGAAGGAGCUGUUUGAUCAACUUAAUGAAGGAACAGUGACCGUUCAAGAAGUCAGCAAAAUGGAUUCAGUGCAGAAGUAUCUGCAAGGAACCAACAGCAUUGCAGGAGUGCUGGUGCAGUCCACCACAGAGAAGAUGAGUAUCUACCAGGCCAUGAGGAAAGGGAUUCUGAGACCCGGCACUGCAUUAGUUCUCCUGGAAGCCCAGGCCGCUACUGGAUUUCUCAUUGACCCAGUGAAGAAUAAGAAGAUGUCUGUAGAACAAGCAGUGGCUGAAGGACUGGUGGGCACGGAACUGAAAGAUAAACUCUUGUCAGCAGAGAGGGCUGUCACUGGGUACACUGAUCCUUACACUAAGAAAACAAUCUCCUUGUUCCAAGCCUUGAAAAAAGACCUGAUAGUAAAGGAUCACGGGAUACGCCUGCUGGAAGCUCAGAUCGCCACUGGGGGCAUCAUUGACCCGAUCAACAGCCACCGUGUGCCUGUGGAGGUGGCCUAUAAGCGAGGAUACUUUGAUAAAGAAAUGAGUGUGAUUCUCUCUGACCCAAGCGAUGACACCAAAGGGUUUUUCGACCCCAACACUCACGAGAAUCUCACCUACUUGCAGCUGCUGGAGAGAGGUGUAAAAGAUCCACAAACCGGACUCUGCUUACUUACCCUGGUUAAGAAAGGAGAACAGUAUGUUUACAAUGAUGAGCAAAUGCAGACUGCCCUCAAGUCAGCUACAACCAGCAAGGUAGCAGGGAAGUACAAGGGCCAGACAGUUUCCAUCUGGGAACUGCUGUAUUCUGAAUACAUCACCGAGGAGAAACGGAGAGAGCUUCUGCAACAGCACAAGUCGGGAAGUUUGACAAUUCAACAAUUCACAGAGACCAUCAUUACCACGGUUGAGCAGAGCAUUAAAACAACAACCACAAAAACGGUAACCGACUCACAAUUCAAAGGUCUCAGAAGACAGGUCACGGCCAGUCAGCUACUAGAGGCUGAAAUCAUUGAGAAGGAGCUGUUUGAUCAACUUAAUGAAGGAACAGUGACCGUUCAAGAAGUCAGCAAAAUGGAUUCAGUGCAGAAGUAUCUGCAAGGAACCAACAGCAUUGCAGGAGUGCUGGUGCAGUCCACCACAGAGAAGAUGAGUAUCUACCAGGCCAUGAGGAAAGGGAUUCUGAGACCCGGCACUGCAUUAGUUCUCCUGGAAGCCCAGGCCGCUACUGGAUUUCUCAUUGACCCAGUGAAGAAUAAGAAGAUGUCUGUAGAACAAGCAGUGGCUGAAGGACUGGUGGGCACGGAACUGAAAGAUAAACUCUUGUCAGCAGAGAGGGCUGUCACUGGGUACACUGAUCCUUACACUAAGAAAACAAUCUCCUUGUUCCAAGCCUUGAAAAAAGACCUGAUAGUAAAGGAUCACGGGAUACGCCUGCUGGAAGCUCAGAUCGCCACUGGGGGCAUCAUUGACCCGAUCAACAGCCACCGUGUGCCUGUGGAGGUGGCCUAUAAGCGAGGAUACUUUGAUAAAGAAAUGAGUGUGAUUCUCUCUGACCCAAGCGAUGACACCAAAGGGUUUUUCGACCCCAACACUCACGAGAAUCUCACCUACUUGCAGCUGCUGGAGAGAGGUGUAAAAGAUCCACAAACCGGACUCUGCUUACUUACCCUGGUUAAGAAAGGAGAACAGUAUGUUUACAAUGAUGAGCAAAUGCAGACUGCCCUCAAGUCAGCUACAACCAGCAAGGUAGCAGGGAAGUACAAGGGCCAGACAGUUUCCAUCUGGGAACUGCUGUAUUCUGAAUACAUCACCGAGGAGAAACGGAGAGAGCUUCUGCAACAGCACAAGUCGGGAAGUUUGACAAUUCAACAAUUCACAGAGACCAUCAUUACCACGGUUGAGCAGAGCAUUAAAACAACAACCACAAAAACGGUAACCGACUCACAAUUCAAAGGUCUCAGAAGACAGGUCACGGCCAGUCAGCUACUAGAGGCUGAAAUCAUUGAGAAGGAGCUGUUUGAUCAACUUAAUGAAGGAACAGUGACCGUUCAAGAAGUCAGCAAAAUGGAUUCAGUGCAGAAGUAUCUGCAAGGAACCAACAGCAUUGCAGGAGUGCUGGUGCAGUCCACCACAGAGAAGAUGAGUAUCUACCAGGCCAUGAGGAAAGGGAUUCUGAGACCCGGCACUGCAUUAGUUCUCCUGGAAGCCCAGGCCGCUACUGGAUUUCUCAUUGACCCAGUGAAGAAUAAGAAGAUGUCUGUAGAACAAGCAGUGGCUGAAGGACUGGUGGGCACGGAACUGAAAGAUAAACUCUUGUCAGCAGAGAGGGCUGUCACUGGGUACACUGAUCCUUACACUAAGAAAACAAUCUCCUUGUUCCAAGCCUUGAAAAAAGACCUGAUAGUAAAGGAUCACGGGAUACGCCUGCUGGAAGCUCAGAUCGCCACUGGGGGCAUCAUUGACCCGAUCAACAGCCACCGUGUGCCUGUGGAGGUGGCCUAUAAGCGAGGAUACUUUGAUAAAGAAAUGAGUGUGAUUCUCUCUGACCCAAGCGAUGACACCAAAGGGUUUUUCGACCCCAACACUCACGAGAAUCUCACCUACUUGCAGCUGCUGGAGAGAGGUGUAAAAGAUCCACAAACCGGACUCUGCUUACUUACCCUGGUUAAGAAAGGAGAACAGUAUGUUUACAAUGAUGAGCAAAUGCAGACUGCCCUCAAGUCAGCUACAACCAGCAAGGUAGCAGGGAAGUACAAGGGCCAGACAGUUUCCAUCUGGGAACUGCUGUAUUCUGAAUACAUCACCGAGGAGAAACGGAGAGAGCUUCUGCAACAGCACAAGUCGGGAAGUUUGACAAUUCAGCAAUUCACAGAGACCAUCAUUACCACGGUUGAGCAGAGCAUUAAAACAACAACCACAAAAACGGUAACCGACUCACAAUUCAAAGGUCUCAGAAGACAGGUCACGGCCAGUCAGCUACUAGAGGCUGAAAUCAUUGAGAAGGAGCUGUUUGAUCAACUUAAUGAAGGAACAGUGACCGUUCAAGAAGUCAGCAAAAUGGAUUCAGUGCAGAAGUAUCUGCAAGGAACCAACAGCAUUGCAGGAGUGCUGGUGCAGUCCACCACAGAGAAGAUGAGUAUCUACCAGGCCAUGAGGAAAGGGAUUCUGAGACCCGGCACUGCAUUAGUUCUCCUGGAAGCCCAGGCCGCUACUGGAUUUCUCAUUGACCCAGUGAAGAAUAAGAAGAUGUCUGUAGAACAAGCAGUGGCUGAAGGACUGGUGGGCACGGAACUGAAAGAUAAACUCUUGUCAGCAGAGAGGGCUGUCACUGGGUACACUGAUCCUUACACUAAGAAAACAAUCUCCUUGUUCCAAGCCUUGAAAAAAGACCUGAUAGUAAAGGAUCACGGGAUACGCCUGCUGGAAGCUCAGAUCGCCACUGGGGGCAUCAUUGACCCGAUCAACAGCCACCGUGUGCCUGUGGAGGUGGCCUAUAAGCGAGGAUACUUUGAUAAAGAAAUGAGUGUGAUUCUCUCUGACCCAAGCGAUGACACCAAAGGGUUUUUCGACCCCAACACUCACGAGAAUCUCACCUACUUGCAGCUGCUGGAGAGAGGUGUAAAAGAUCCACAAACCGGACUCUGCUUACUUACCCUGGUUAAGAAAGGAGAACAGUAUGUUUACAAUGAUGAGCAAAUGCAGACUGCCCUCAAGUCAGCUACAACCAGCAAGGUAGCAGGGAAGUACAAGGGCCAGACAGUUUCCAUCUGGGAACUGCUGUAUUCUGAAUACAUCACCGAGGAGAAACGGAGAGAGCUUCUGCAACAGCACAAGUCGGGAAGUUUGACAAUUCAGCAAUUCACAGAGACCAUCAUUACCACGGUUGAGCAGAGCAUUAAAACAACAACCACAAAAACGGUAACCGACUCACAAUUCAAAGGUCUCAGAAGACAGGUCACGGCCAGUCAGCUACUAGAGGCUGAAAUCAUUGAGAAGGAGCUGUUUGAUCAACUUAAUGAAGGAACAGUGACCGUUCAAGAAGUCAGCAAAAUGGAUUCAGUGCAGAAGUAUCUGCAAGGAACCAACAGCAUUGCAGGAGUGCUGGUGCAGUCCACCACAGAGAAGAUGAGUAUCUACCAGGCCAUGAGGAAAGGGAUUCUGAGACCCGGCACUGCAUUAGUUCUCCUGGAAGCCCAGGCCGCUACUGGAUUUCUCAUUGACCCAGUGAAGAAUAAGAAGAUGUCUGUAGAACAAGCAGUGGCUGAAGGACUGGUGGGCACGGAACUGAAAGAUAAACUCUUGUCAGCAGAGAGGGCUGUCACUGGGUACACUGAUCCUUACACUAAGAAAACAAUCUCCUUGUUCCAAGCCUUGAAAAAAGACCUGAUAGUAAAGGAUCACGGGAUACGCCUGCUGGAAGCUCAGAUCGCCACUGGGGGCAUCAUUGACCCGAUCAACAGCCACCGUGUGCCUGUGGAGGUGGCCUAUAAGCGAGGAUACUUUGAUAAAGAAAUGAGUGUGAUUCUCUCUGACCCAAGCGAUGACACCAAAGGGUUUUUCGACCCCAACACUCACGAGAAUCUCACCUACUUGCAGCUGCUGGAGAGAGGUGUAAAAGAUCCACAAACCGGACUCUGCUUACUUACCCUGGUUAAGAAAGGAGAACAGUAUGUUUACAAUGAUGAGCAAAUGCAGACUGCCCUCAAGUCAGCUACAACCAGCAAGGUAGCAGGGAAGUACAAGGGCCAGACAGUUUCCAUCUGGGAACUGCUGUAUUCUGAAUACAUCACCGAGGAGAAACGGAGAGAGCUUCUGCAACAGCACAAGUCGGGAAGUUUGACAAUUCAACAAUUCACAGAGACCAUCAUUACCACGGUUGAGCAGAGCAUUAAAACAACAACCACAAAAACGGUAACCGACUCACAAUUCAAAGGUCUCAGAAGACAGGUCACGGCCAGUCAGCUACUAGAGGCUGAAAUCAUUGAGAAGGAGCUGUUUGAUCAACUUAAUGAAGGAACAGUGACCGUUCAAGAAGUCAGCAAAAUGGAUUCAGUGCAGAAGUAUCUGCAAGGAACCAACAGCAUUGCAGGAGUGCUGGUGCAGUCCACCACAGAGAAGAUGAGUAUCUACCAGGCCAUGAGGAAAGGGAUUCUGAGACCCGGCACUGCAUUAGUUCUCCUGGAAGCCCAGGCCGCUACUGGAUUUCUCAUUGACCCAGUGAAGAAUAAGAAGAUGUCUGUAGAACAAGCAGUGGCUGAAGGACUGGUGGGCACGGAACUGAAAGAUAAACUCUUGUCAGCAGAGAGGGCUGUCACUGGGUACACUGAUCCUUACACUAAGAAAACAAUCUCCUUGUUCCAAGCCUUGAAAAAAGACCUGAUAGUAAAGGAUCACGGGAUACGCCUGCUGGAAGCUCAGAUCGCCACUGGGGGCAUCAUUGACCCGAUCAACAGCCACCGUGUGCCUGUGGAGGUGGCCUAUAAGCGAGGAUACUUUGAUAAAGAAAUGAGUGUGAUUCUCUCUGACCCAAGCGAUGACACCAAAGGGUUUUUCGACCCCAACACUCACGAGAAUCUCACCUACUUGCAGCUGCUGGAGAGAGGUGUAAAAGAUCCACAAACCGGACUCUGCUUACUUACCCUGGUUAAGAAAGGAGAACAGUAUGUUUACAAUGAUGAGCAAAUGCAGACUGCCCUCAAGUCAGCUACAACCAGCAAGGUAGCAGGGAAGUACAAGGGCCAGACAGUUUCCAUCUGGGAACUGCUGUAUUCUGAAUACAUCACCGAGGAGAAACGGAGAGAGCUUCUGCAACAGCACAAGUCGGGAAGUUUGACAAUUCAACAAUUCACAGAGACCAUCAUUACCACGGUUGAGCAGAGCAUUAAAACAACAACCACAAAAACGGUAACCGACUCACAAUUCAAAGGUCUCAGAAGACAGGUCACGGCCAGUCAGCUACUAGAGGCUGAAAUCAUUGAGAAGGAGCUGUUUGAUCAACUUAAUGAAGGAACAGUGACCGUUCAAGAAGUCAGCAAAAUGGAUUCAGUGCAGAAGUAUCUGCAAGGAACCAACAGCAUUGCAGGAGUGCUGGUGCAGUCCACCACAGAGAAGAUGAGUAUCUACCAGGCCAUGAGGAAAGGGAUUCUGAGACCCGGCACUGCAUUAGUUCUCCUGGAAGCCCAGGCCGCUACUGGAUUUCUCAUUGACCCAGUGAAGAAUAAGAAGAUGUCUGUAGAACAAGCAGUGGCUGAAGGACUGGUGGGCACGGAACUGAAAGAUAAACUCUUGUCAGCAGAGAGGGCUGUCACUGGGUACACUGAUCCUUACACUAAGAAAACAAUCUCCUUGUUCCAAGCCUUGAAAAAAGACCUGAUAGUAAAGGAUCACGGGAUACGCCUGCUGGAAGCUCAGAUCGCCACUGGGGGCAUCAUUGACCCGAUCAACAGCCACCGUGUGCCUGUGGAGGUGGCCUAUAAGCGAGGAUACUUUGAUAAAGAAAUGAGUGUGAUUCUCUCUGACCCAAGCGAUGACACCAAAGGGUUUUUCGACCCCAACACUCACGAGAAUCUCACCUACUUGCAGCUGCUGGAGAGAGGUGUAAAAGAUCCACAAACCGGACUCUGCUUACUUACCCUGGUUAAGAAAGGAGAACAGUAUGUUUACAAUGAUGAGCAAAUGCAGACUGCCCUCAAGUCAGCUACAACCAGCAAGGUAGCAGGGAAGUACAAGGGCCAGACAGUUUCCAUCUGGGAACUGCUGUAUUCUGAAUACAUCACCGAGGAGAAACGGAGAGAGCUUCUGCAACAGCACAAGUCGGGAAGUUUGACAAUUCAACAAUUCACAGAGACCAUCAUUACCACGGUUGAGCAGAGCAUUAAAACAACAACCACAAAAACGGUAACCGACUCACAAUUCAAAGGUCUCAGAAGACAGGUCACGGCCAGUCAGCUACUAGAGGCUGAAAUCAUUGAGAAGGAGCUGUUUGAUCAACUUAAUGAAGGAACAGUGACCGUUCAAGAAGUCAGCAAAAUGGAUUCAGUGCAGAAGUAUCUGCAAGGAACCAACAGCAUUGCAGGAGUGCUGGUGCAGUCCACCACAGAGAAGAUGAGUAUCUACCAGGCCAUGAGGAAAGGGAUUCUGAGACCCGGCACUGCAUUAGUUCUCCUGGAAGCCCAGGCCGCUACUGGAUUUCUCAUUGACCCAGUGAAGAAUAAGAAGAUGUCUGUAGAACAAGCAGUGGCUGAAGGACUGGUGGGCACGGAACUGAAAGAUAAACUCUUGUCAGCAGAGAGGGCUGUCACUGGGUACACUGAUCCUUACACUAAGAAAACAAUCUCCUUGUUCCAAGCCUUGAAAAAAGACCUGAUAGUAAAGGAUCACGGGAUACGCCUGCUGGAAGCUCAGAUCGCCACUGGGGGCAUCAUUGACCCGAUCAACAGCCACCGUGUGCCUGUGGAGGUGGCCUAUAAGCGAGGAUACUUUGAUAAAGAAAUGAGUGUGAUUCUCUCUGACCCAAGCGAUGACACCAAAGGGUUUUUCGACCCCAACACUCACGAGAAUCUCACCUACUUGCAGCUGCUGGAGAGAGGUGUAAAAGAUCCACAAACCGGACUCUGCUUACUUACCCUGGUUAAGAAAGGAGAACAGUAUGUUUACAAUGAUGAGCAAAUGCAGACUGCCCUCAAGUCAGCUACAACCAGCAAGGUAGCAGGGAAGUACAAGGGCCAGACAGUUUCCAUCUGGGAACUGCUGUAUUCUGAAUACAUCACCGAGGAGAAACGGAGAGAGCUUCUGCAACAGCACAAGUCGGGAAGUUUGACAAUUCAACAAUUCACAGAGACCAUCAUUACCACGGUUGAGCAGAGCAUUAAAACAACAACCACAAAAACGGUAACCGACUCACAAUUCAAAGGUCUCAGAAGACAGGUCACGGCCAGUCAGCUACUAGAGGCUGAAAUCAUUGAGAAGGAGCUGUUUGAUCAACUUAAUGAAGGAACAGUGACCGUUCAAGAAGUCAGCAAAAUGGAUUCAGUGCAGAAGUAUCUGCAAGGAACCAACAGCAUUGCAGGAGUGCUGGUGCAGUCCACCACAGAGAAGAUGAGUAUCUACCAGGCCAUGAGGAAAGGGAUUCUGAGACCCGGCACUGCAUUAGUUCUCCUGGAAGCCCAGGCCGCUACUGGAUUUCUCAUUGACCCAGUGAAGAAUAAGAAGAUGUCUGUAGAACAAGCAGUGGCUGAAGGACUGGUGGGCACGGAACUGAAAGAUAAACUCUUGUCAGCAGAGAGGGCUGUCACUGGGUACACUGAUCCUUACACUAAGAAAACAAUCUCCUUGUUCCAAGCCUUGAAAAAAGACCUGAUAGUAAAGGAUCACGGGAUACGCCUGCUGGAAGCUCAGAUCGCCACUGGGGGCAUCAUUGACCCGAUCAACAGCCACCGUGUGCCUGUGGAGGUGGCCUAUAAGCGAGGAUACUUUGAUAAAGAAAUGAGUGUGAUUCUCUCUGACCCAAGCGAUGACACCAAAGGGUUUUUCGACCCCAACACUCACGAGAAUCUCACCUACUUGCAGCUGCUGGAGAGAGGUGUAAAAGAUCCACAAACCGGACUCUGCUUACUUACCCUGGUUAAGAAAGGAGAACAGUAUGUUUACAAUGAUGAGCAAAUGCAGACUGCCCUCAAGUCAGCUACAACCAGCAAGGUAGCAGGGAAGUACAAGGGCCAGACAGUUUCCAUCUGGGAACUGCUGUAUUCUGAAUACAUCACCGAGGAGAAACGGAGAGAGCUUCUGCAACAGCACAAGUCGGGAAGUUUGACAAUUCAACAAUUCACAGAGACCAUCAUUACCACGGUUGAGCAGAGCAUUAAAACAACAACCACAAAAACGGUAACCGACUCACAAUUCAAAGGUCUCAGAAGACAGGUCACGGCCAGUCAGCUACUAGAGGCUGAAAUCAUUGAGAAGGAGCUGUUUGAUCAACUUAAUGAAGGAACAGUGACCGUUCAAGAAGUCAGCAAAAUGGAUUCAGUGCAGAAGUAUCUGCAAGGAACCAACAGCAUUGCAGGAGUGCUGGUGCAGUCCACCACAGAGAAGAUGAGUAUCUACCAGGCCAUGAGGAAAGGGAUUCUGAGACCCGGCACUGCAUUAGUUCUCCUGGAAGCCCAGGCCGCUACUGGAUUUCUCAUUGACCCAGUGAAGAAUAAGAAGAUGUCCGUAGAGCAAGCAGUGGCUGAAGGACUGGUGGGCACGGAACUGAAAGAUAAACUCUUGUCAGCAGAGAGGGCUGUCACUGGGUACACUGAUCCUUACACUAAGAAUACAAUCUCCUUGUUCCAAGCCUUGAAAAAAGACCUGAUAGUAAAGGAUCACGGGAUACGCCUGCUGGAAGCUCAGAUCGCCACUGGGGGCAUCAUUGACCCGAUCAACAGCCACCGUGUGCCUGUGGAGGUGGCGUAUAAGCGAGGAUACCUUGAUAAAGAAAUGAGUGUGAUUCUCUCUGACCCAAGCGAUGACACCAAAGGGUUUUUCGACCCCAACACUCACGAGAAUCUCACCUACUUGCAGCUGCUGGAGAGAGGUGUAAAAGAUCCACAAACCGGACUCUGCUUUCUUACUUUGAAGAUAUAAAAAAUAAUAAUAAUAAUUGAUAUGGUGUAGAAAUUGAGUAUUGAAUAUUAUGAGGGCUGGGUUUACUUUGAUAUUUUGAACAUUUAUGUUUAAUAUCCUUUCUCUGAGUUUUCAUAGAACAAAAGGAAUGUUUCUAUAAAAUUGUUCACUUCUACAUGAAUCUUAUUCCAUGUUAUGCUCUAAAAUUUGCAAUAUGUCUUUAUAAGUUAUCAAUACAUAUCCACAGUAAAAACUCUUUUCUAUUUACCAUGUGGAAAAUAAUUGAUUAAAGCCAUAUAACGUAAAAUGGGUUGAACUUUUUUGAAUGUCAAGAAAGAUGUAUUUGACAGGUGUUUUGCUAGCUGUACACAAUAAAUUGAAAAUUUCAUUUCA